CAUCAGCAAAAGUCAGCGUGCGUUUUCACGAAAGUUCCAAAAAAAUUUAAUUCAGUAGCUAAAAUGUGAUCUUAAAUUUGUACCUCAUAAUAAUUACUUUAAUUUUAUACGAUUAGAUUAGCUUAAUAUUUAUAAUCUUCAUGUGUAAGUCAUCGAAAAUGGUGUCUGGAAGUACUAGGGUGAUACAAGUCACCAACAUCGCGCCACAAGCAACUAAGGAUCAGAUGCAAACUCUUUUCGGAUAUUUAGGAAAAAUUGAUGACAUAAGACUUUACCCAACCAUCAGAGAUGUAUCCUGUCCCGUACAGUCACGCAUCUGUUACGUUAAAUAUUACGAUUCGGCAACCGUUAACGUUGCACAGCACAUGACCAACACGGUUUUCAUAGAUCGGGCUUUGAUCGUUAUUCCCAUGCAAUCGGGUGAGAUUCCGGACGAGCAUAAGGCUCUUGAAAUGUCUAGUAAUGGUACUUUAGUGCCUGGCCUGAGUACUGUUGAGCCACGUUUGCCGGCACACGUUAUCAACGCUCUUGAGGGUCUUUCACCCAAUCAAGUCAUACAGACUCAUGACCCUAAGAUGGCUGCUGCUGGACUCCCAGCAUAUCCUCCCUUACCAGCAGCUUAUGAUUCUCGUCAGAUUGAAGAAAUCAGACGAACAGUUUUGGUGGCAGACUUGGGCUCACUUACCCAUCAACAACUAAUUGACCAUUUCUGCCAAGCAGGUGAAGUAAAGUACUUGAGAUUUUGUGAUAGAGAUGCAGACAAACAAAAAUAUGUACUUAUUGAAAUGACAGAACAAGAAAGUGUCAUCAAAGCAUUGCAACUAAAUGGUUCAACAGUAGAGGGACAAACAAUCAAGGUACAUCAUGCUACACAAGCUAUUUCAAAGCCCCAGACUAAAAGCAAUGAAGCAGCACAGCGAGAAAUUGAGGAAGCAAUGUGCCGUGUGAAGGAAGCUCAAAACUUAAUAUCAGCUGCAAUUGAUCCAGUCAUUGGUUUACUGUCUAAAGAUAAGAGAAGGACGCGUUCAAGGUCCCGCUCGCGGCGCAGGUCGCGUUCGCGCUCGCGGCGCUCGCGGUCGCGACACCGCGGCAAGCGCUCGCGCUCACGCUCACGACACCGUUCGCGCCGUUCGCGCUCACGCCAUAGGCACCGUUCGAGAUCACGCUCACGUCAUCGCAGCUCCAGGCGAUCAAGAUCCAAAUCGCGUCAUCGUAGCUCCCGAUCUAAACGAGACCGUUCGCGCGACAAGAAAGAUAAAAAGGAUUCUUCUGAAAAAGAGAAAAAGAAUGAUAAAGAAAAAUCCAAAUCUCCACCAAAGGAAACAGAAAAGGUGGAAAAAGAAGAGGUAAAGGUAGAGACGAUCGAAACUAACGGUAGUUCUGAAACUAAGUCUAAAGCGUCAUCCCCUGUUGAUGAUAAAGAUAAAGAAGUUGAAAAAGAGAAGGAGAAAGAAACAUCACCGUCGAAGAAGAGGGAGAGAUCACGUUCCAAAGAUAGGAAACGGGAUAGAUCAAGGUCAAGGCGCAGGUCUCGCUCGCGAUCUCGAAGGAAACGAUCGAGGUCUCGCAAAAGAUCUCGAUCGCGUGAUCGCAAGAAGUCUCGAUCUCGUGACAGAAAGAGGUCUAGGUCUCGUGAUAGGAAACGGUCCCGAUCGCGUGAUAGGAAAAAGUCUAGAUCACGCGACAGAAAGCGCUCCAGGUCACGUGAUCGAAAGCGUUCCCGGUCUAGAGACAGGAAACGUUCCCGAUCAGGAAGUCGCCGCUCUAAGAGCCGAUCUCAUCGAGAUUCUAAAACACCACACGACAGAAGAACACGUGAUAGGAGCCCUAAUCUCUCCGUCAUUGAAGAGAAAACUAAUAAUACCUUAGAUAAAGCUCCAGAAAUUAUAGAAGAGAAAAAUUCUCCAGACAAUAUGGACAUCUCUAAUUCACCGUAAACACUGAAAUAUGCCUGAAUAUUGUGACGUCAUUUAUUCUGUAAUAAGUAUCUUAGUAAUGUUCAUAAGAAUGCUAAUGUUUA